UUAAAGGAUUUUUAAUUUUCUAUCGAUUAAUAUUAAAAAAAGAACAGCUUUACAACUAAAAGAAAACUAUGUUUUGGUAUUUAACUCUUUCUUGGUUUCCGUGGUUGCCUAUUUCGAUCUCAAAGUACUUGAAAUGCUAAACUUGUUCAAUAUUCUAGACUUUAUAAUUUUAUGUAUUAAUAAGCUUUGGUCAACAGUAUUUUUCUUCGUAUUUUCCCAACCUAGCCACUGUUACUUGUUAGCUCCAUCCAGGUCCUUCAUUUAUCUGUAAGUUUAGAUAAGUGAAGAAUUAGCUAGACAAUUACUGUGUCUACGUCUACUAACAAAAUUAGUCCAUCUUAACUUAACUCGGAGACAUUCAUUUGCACACGACUCCACCUGACUUCGACACACUUCAUAAAAUCCACUCAAAACGAUAAGCAAAACACACUCUUCAACAAAACCUUUUUUUAUAAUAAUCAGAUCAUUGUAAAAACAAACACUCAAAGUGUUUUUACGUAACUUUACCAUAAAUAUUAAAAUAAAUUUAAAAUCAGAAUCAUGAUUAAAUUACUUUUCUUUGGUGUUCUUUUCACCGCAACGAUUGCGCUUUCUUCUCAGGAACCCCUUAAAGUGUCCAUUUUCUAUGAGGCACUUUGUCCGGAUAGCAUCAGUUUCAUCGCCCAACAGUUUGCACCAAAUUACGAUACUUUAGCCGAGAAAAUAACUGUUGAUUUUCUCCCUUAUGGUUUAGGUUCACAUGAAUUGAUUAAUGGUGUAUAUCACUUUCAAUGUCAACACGGUGAAAAUGAAUGUUACGGAAAUAUGAUGCAAGCUUGCGGAUUAAAUGAAACCAACGACCAAGCCACAAAAGCUAAAUUUAUUAUUUGCGUUAUGUCUGCAAGCAACCCUGCGAGUACUGCUUUAAUGGAGGAAUGUGCUAUUGCAAGCGGAAUUAGUUGGAAUAAUAUGGUGGAGUGUUCUAAGAAUGGUGUUGGGGCGACACUUUUGGCUGCUUAUGGUGAUCGGACUCACGCCGUUGAACCAUGUAUGACUUUCGUUCCAACUAUUAUUUAUAACGAUGUUUACGAUGCCGAUAAACAAGAUAAGUCGUUAGUUGAUUUCUUGAAUACUGUGUUAAACCAAUUAUAAAUAAAAUAAGAAAGGGCAAACAUUUUUAAUGCCGUAUUUGAGAUAUUAAUAAAACUUUAAUAUUGCAA